AUGACCGAUUCCGCGGAUGUCUCGUUCCACGACAUCCGCUCCAGCGGGUCGAUGUUUUCCUCCCAGCAGCUAUCCGCCCUGAGCCUAAAACGGCCCUCCUUCGGCAAAUCCCCCACGUCCUCUUUUGUGCUGAUUAAUAACAAGCGGACGUGGCGGCCUCCGGGGAGUGUACUUCGCUCGAUCACGCAGUACUUCCCGCGCGGGACGCCGUGGUCGUUUGCGCUGUUGACCCCCUCCAUCCGUCUGUUCACGGAGCGAACGGAGGGGAUUGCGUGCGCCGGCUACGCCGUGAUGCCUUGCGUGGCCGGGGAAGUCUACGUCCCCGCCCAUCGGGAGGGCGGCCUGGUGGAGGACGACGUCCCUCGCGCCGCAGGGCAUCACGGGCACUCCACCACCCCCUACGACGACGAGGACGCGGAGGAGGAGAACCCGUUUUAUUUGUUUACCUGCCCAGAGGCCGAGGGGGGGCGGCGAUAUACCGAGGCGAGCGGGCAUCGCUACCCCUACACCGGGUACCAGUAUCCAUACGGGAGGCCCAGCCCCGGCGGUCCCCCACGGAAGUCUGAUCAGGAUCCUUUUGAUAGGGAGAUAAGCGAUGAAAACGAAUUCAACACGUCGAACGGAGACUGCGUGGAUGUCGUCCACUCCUCUACGUGCACCUUUGCGGCGCGCUGCUGGCGCCAGUGCGGGCAAGAGGAUAUGCUCUUUUCGGUAUCUGUGAUGUGUGCCUCAACCAAAGCUUUACAGUUGGCAAUAUUGAAUGUGUGGUGGCUUUCCCGAUACCAUAAUGUUUCUCUCAAACUAGUGAAUAUGUGUAAUAACGACCAGCUGACAAAGUUCUCGAUGCUUCGCCAGCUUUUGACCAUAACCGACCUCCACUGUGUGCGCUGCACGCUAACGGCGGAGUGGAUGCAGUCAAUCUCAACCUGCGCAGAUCUCACCACCCUUAGCAUUAUUUCCUGCAUUGCAAGCAAACCUGGGGUUUCACUUGUCUAUAUCGACUCUAUUUUAUCCUCUUCCGUGGUGGAGGGGCGCCGUGGACACACCAAGUGGUACCUUUCGGGCACUUUGUCGAUAGGCCUCUUGAAAAAGCUCAAAUGCCUACAUAUUUCUUGCACACCGUUACAGCAGGAAUUCAUUGAAGUCUUGGGAUCCUGCACGAACUUGGUGUGUGUGCUACUGCACCGCUGCAAAGGGGUGGAAUCCCUGCAGCCGCUAACCAAGCUCCCCAAGCUGCGCUGCUUCAGCCUGCAAAACUGCUCGAUCAAAGACGAUAAGGUCCAAUUCCUCGGGGAAUGUACAAAGCUUCGACACCUUCACCUUAUUGAGUGUCGUCGUAUGACGUACCUGGGCUUCUUGAGCGGCAUCGGUGGAUCUCUUCGGUUGCUCAACCUUUCUCAAAACUACUUUUCUGAUGAGCACAUGCAGCAGAUCGCCAACUGCACGCAACUGGUUGAGCUUCAUCUAAAUUCACUCAAGCGGCUCACAAACGUCAACCAUCUUCAGCCUUUACGGCAGCUGGAGGUCUUGAGUUUGUCCGAUAACUCGCUUGUGGAUAACGGCUGCACGGCGCUGCUUGAUAUGCCACUUUCCCGUCUCGAUCUCUCUCGUUCUGGAAACCUUAGGUCCGUCAAUAACUGGAUAUCUUUGGUGUCCCAACUCGUAUCGCUUGAUUUGUCCUGCAGCGGGGUAAAGAGCGAGGGUUUGAGCGCACUCUCCGCGUGUAAGGUAUUGCGUUACUUAAACCUCUCUGAGUGUAUUCGGCUCACUACAAUCGCGUUUGUUAAACCGCUUUCGGUGUUGCGUUGGCUCAGCCUAGCGAGAACCUCCCUUACGGACGACGAAGCGCAGCACCUAUCGGACCUCAUCUUAUUGCGGUACCUCUCUCUAAAAAGUUGCAAAUAUUUACGCGAGCUUGAUUUUGUCGAGAACCUCACCACUCUGGAGUACCUCGAUUUGGAGAACACUUCUCUAACGGAUUCGUGCAUCCAACGGUUGGCGAAGUGCACGGCGCUCAAAUUGCUUAACCUUUCUCGUUGCUUCUCGCUGACGGACAUCACGCCGUUGGGAAGGAUGCCCGCGCUGAAGGCGCUUAACCUUUCCUACACAAGCCUGACGGUCGCCGGUAUGAGCCGGCUUCACGAGUGCACCGCGCUUGAGGUCCUCUACCUGCAGAGCUGUCGUCAGCUGAGGAGCCUAGCAGGGCUCCAUAGCCUGAGGAACCUGAAGAGGCUUGACUUGGACUACUUUUCGAUGGUCGACGAGAUGGGUUCGUCGUUUGGCACGACCUCGCGCCGGCUAAGCUCACUGAGCGGCUUUACAAGCUUACAGCAGACGUUUAAUUCACAGCGAACCGUGAAGAGUGACAUCUUCUCGGAAAUGCUCUCCAGCAGCACCAUUGGGGUGCACAGCGCGCUGAGCCGGACCUCCUCCACGCUCGGAACGGAGACGUCCUCGCACAACUCGAUGAUUCUGUUAGGGGAUUCCCCCAAGACGUCGUUGUUCCCGCCGAUGCUGUUCCCCAAGGACUCGGACGCGCCGCCAAGCCUGACCCUUCCGGAUCUUCUGACCUUUUCGAUCCGGCGCGGGGUGUUGAACGACCUGCACCUCGCCCUGCAGCUCACGUCGAGCACGCGGCUGACGCACCUCGACCUGUCGGAGUGUCGCCACCUAACGACCCUGGCGGGGCUGCCCCCGCUCCCGCAGCUGCGCGCGAUGGUCGCAGUCAACGCGGGCCUCACUAACGCGGCCCUCGCCGUCGUCGGGGGCUACACCGCUCUCGAGCGGCUCUCCGUUGCCGGCUGCGCGGCCCUCACGGACCUCUCCGCGCUGGGCCGCCUGCGCCGGCUGCGCGUGCUCGACGCGUCGCGGACGCACCUGACGGACGCCGGGCUUGCCGGGCUGGCGGGCUGCGCCGGGCUCGUCUUCCUCAGCCUGGGGCGCUGCGCGGGGGUCACCGACGUCGCCGCGCUGGCGGCGCUGGGGCGGCUGCGGGAGCUCCACCUCGAGGGGACCGGCGUCACCGCGGACGGCGUCGCAAGCCUCGCGCGGUGCCCCGCCCUCCAACGCCUUUACCUUACACGAUGCCGACGACUCACCAGCAUCGCAGGGCUCCAGGGGGCACUCACGCGGCUCGACGUGCUGGAGGUCUACGGCACCGCCGUCCCACACCGCAUCGCCGGCAAGCCCCAGCAGGUCGGAUGCACGCUGCUCUAA